CCCACACACCUGCAGGCUCUCUAACAGGCAUUUGAAUACUGCUGGACUACAUUUUUGAAGCAGAACGGAAGAGAAAAAACAAACAAAGUCCAAGCUUACUAUCAUGGAACCUGAUGUCCCCGACGGCAGAGAAGGACCCAUUGUGUUUGGUGGUGAGGAGUUCACAGAGGAUGAAUUUCAUCAAAAGUACCAACAACUUGUUGGAGGAGUUUCACAGUAUGUGAGACAAAACCGCAAGUCAACCAACACACAACUGUUUGCUUUUUUGGUGCUGCUGAACAAAUAUGUUCCUGAUUCCUACCUCCUGAUGUCUGAGUGUCAAAAGAUCCUUGGGCCACCUGAUCCCAUCCAUGGAGGACCCCCCUUUGAAGAGAGAAUGGAGCCAUUUACGGUCUUCAUCAACACAUCCAGUCUAAACCCUGAAGAUAGAUGUAUGAUUCACCAAGUGUUUGCACAGGCAGGUCUGGAUCUCUUAGCUGACUUGGGGAUUUCCAAGAGUGUUACAGUGAAGAAAUUCAUGUUCUCACUUUGUGGAGAUAACCCGCAACCACACAUAAUCCAGUUCAUCAAAGAUUUACUGACAAAGAGAGAAAUGGGAGAAAAGGGUAGAAAGAAGUUCUCUCAGCUGAUUGAAGAUAUUUUCGAAGAAAAGCAAUUGCACGAAGCUCUCUCUGUCUUGGAAACUGCAUCAAAUAAAUUCAGACAAAACCCCAUUUUCCCCCAAACCAUUUCACGUCUCUUUUACAUCAAAAGAGGCAUCGAUGGCUAUAAAAAUGCUGAAGAAUGGGCAAAUAAAGCAAUUAAACAAGCUCCAAAAAACUCCUAUGUGGCUGACACUCUUGGGCAGGUUUAUAAGAACCGUUUGAGGGAAGCAUGGCAACUGAAGGAUAUUUCAGACAUGGCAAGGGAUGCCAUCAAAGCAUUUCAUGAUGUGGAGAAGAAAGCUGAUAAAGAAGAGGGACCAGAGAUGAAGGACACAGCUGGAACAUUGAGCAUUUCAGAUUGCUUCAACAACAGAGGCCUCUUUGGCUUCAUUCAAGUGGCAAAGAUAGUGUAUGACAAACUCAAUAGGGCCGAACCUCAUCUAUCACAGAGCUUCAUCCAAAGUUUUAAAAACGAAGUUGAAGACAAGUUUGAAUUUUUUGAAUGGUACCUAACCUACUCCCAGCCCAGCAUGACAACCAUAGAGCCAAGUUUCUUCUGGAAGGACGUUGCGCUUUGUUACCAACACUACACAACAAAAACAGCAGCUGAGUCCACCAGCUCCCCGGGCCUUCUAGAUUGUCUGAAUCACGGCUUAUUCACAUCAAAGGGAAGACGUGCCUGCUUUGAGGAGGCAGAGAAAACGGCGUCUGAUUUAGAAGCCAUCCGAGAUCAUUUGAAAACCACCUACGAGGCAAAUGUUGGUCAUGUCCAAGCAUGUGAGAGGUACAUCCUCUCCAACAUCAUCUUGAGCAACAAGAUGCCCACCUCUCCUCAGCUUACCCCAGUGAGGGAGCUCCAAGCAAUAAUACAUGGAUUCUUGGGCACAGAAGUGGGGCGAAGAAGCCCCGAGUUUUACCUUUUGGCUCUGAUGUUGUUUUGGCCUGAGGAACAGCCGGAGGAGGAUGAUGAGAAGGAGGAACAACCGGCCACAGAGGAUGACGGGUCGGAUGACAAAACCUGGGAGGAUGAGGACAUGGAUGGGGAAGAGGAGCCUGCACAGCCGUCUCCUGAGCUCAUGUUUGAUCCUGACUUGGAACAGCAGGUCACAUACAUGAAGAAGGCGUUUGAGAGAGCUAAGUAUGCCAAGUAUCUUCGAGGCCGGUACCUUUUGCCUCUGUUUUUUCUGGGAAAGGGCUCUGGACUGAGCAAAUGGAUUCACAAGUCAAAGUUGGAUGCAAUCGUGGAGAGAAAGGUGGAUGCUGAGCUAGCUGAUAAAAAUGAGAAACGCAUGAAGGAGAAAUGGAAGCAGAUCAAUAAAAUGUGGAUCACUGGGGAGGUGUGGCGAGUCCCAGAAAUCCAAGAUAUUCUUCUCCCAGUCCAGGUAGAGCCAGGCCACUCUCCCACAAUGCCACAAGAGCAUGAGGAGCAGGAAGUGUUUGUUUGUGCUGGAGGAAAGAAAAUAACAGCAACGGUUGCAGGUGAACCAGAAGCUCCCGUGCUGAGCCCGGUGUUUUUCUAUCUCGGCUUCACCAUUCAGGGUCCUGUCAUCUUCAAAGUGGGACUGAAUGAAUCUGAGCAGUGAUUAACCAGGAACCAAACUUCACCAGACUUACCAGAUGUAAUUACCCACAGAAUUAUUGCAAUUCAGACGUGACAUAUCCUCCAAAUUUUGUCCAUUUAACUAUUGUGCAUUAUCAUAUUUUUAGAUGGUGGAGAGCUGGAUUAAACUUUUUUUGUCCCAAGAUUCUUUGAUUUAACUUGACUAUUUCUUUGUAUGUAUGGCAAUCUGCACAUUAUAACUCACAAUAUUAUAACAAUUGAUUGUUGAGUCUCAUCCCAACUUGUCAAAAAAAAACUAUUUGAGGUAUUUGGAUAAAUAAAUUGUGUGUGUAUUCUAAUUAAAAUCAUAUUUUUCAGAUAAAUAUGUCUUGAAAAUGUCAUUGAAAAUAAUGUUUGCAAAAAAUGUUUUGAUUUGGAAAUAACAUUAAACUUGUA